AUUUUUCAAUUAUAAUUGGAUUUGGUGGGCAUUUUCUAAAGAAAUGAUUUUAAUCUAUAGGGUUAAGAAGGUCAUUUCAGCAAAGUAUCCGGCACAGAACACAACUAUGGUGUUUGGAUAAGCAUUUUCUUCGAACUUUUGAUACACCAGAAGCUUUUGUUGCCGGUUCUUACUACCAAUGGAAGCUCUGGGGCUUCCUUCUCUUAACACUCUUUCCCCUCAUUUCCAUAACCAAAAAAUUUCUCAACUUUCCUCCAAAACAACACUAUGCCAAACCACUUGGGAGCUAUCUUCAUCUUCCUCCUCAAUACAACUCACAACUUCGUAUAGAACCCGCCAUUUUAAGAGGGGUGGGAUUCGAAUGCAAGCUGAAAAUGAAGAUUACGAGUUAAAGCAAGUGAAGGAUAUGGCCGCUGCCAGGAAGAGAUGGGAAGCUUUGGUAAGAGAUGAAAAGGUGAAAUUAUUGACACCAAAAGAAGCUGGCUAUGCAAUUCAACUCUCUAACAAAACCUUACUCGAUGUUCGUCCUUCUACAGAACGCCAAAGGGCUUGGGUAAAAGGAUCAACCUGGAUUCCCAUUUUCGAAGUCGAUAACACUGCGGAUCCUGGGACAGUUUCCAGGAAGGUGACAAGUUUUGUGAUGGGUGGCUGGUGGAGCGGUGUGCCUACAUUGUCUUAUGAUACCCAAUUCUUGUCAAAAGUCAUGGAGAAAUUCCCGAAAGAUACUGAUCUUAUCGUGGCAUGUCAAAAAGGAUUGAGUGAUGACAGCAUAUUCUACCACGGUUGUGGAGAGAGGAGCAAUCUAUUGCUCGAGCAAUGUUUGGUUUGGUACAAAUAAUAGCAUACAUUACACUUCUAAUGGCAUUGGCAUAUGGAACCUUAACAAUGUAUUCACUAUCAGUCUUUGAUGUUUGUUCCAUGGAUAGUCUGAAAUGAACAUCUAACAGUGUACUCAAUCGCUUAGGAUUCUGCAUAUUGAGCUUGUAGAGUGCUUUGCUGAUGUACUCAAAAUGUGUCAACAUCAAAGUUUAGACUUCAUAGAUCUCUUGAUCCUCAUUCCACGAAUUUGUUUUGCAACACCCAAAUUUUGUUACAAACUGCUUCAAAUUGAUAAUCUCUUGCAUGUUGGAAUUGACAACAAGCUUUUCAUCCACAUACAAUAACAAAACAAGGAAACUACUGUUGAGAAUUGAAGUUCACCAUAGCUUUCCCUGCUACUCAUCACAGAGGACUCUUGCCUUGCUGUCAGCAUCGUGCAUUAGGGAAUUUGAAUAUUCCUUUCUGUUAUUUGAAUUUCUGUGUAAUCAUUGAAUUGUACUAGAGUAUCUUUUCGGUUAUGCUUUUUCCUAUUGUUUGCUGCCACUUGUCUUCAUCACAGUGGCUCAAUGCUUGUAUCCCUAAGUAUAUAUUGAAUGCAAAUGCCCUCAGCCUCCUUGAGCUGAGUUUUACCA